AUCGCCUACGCUAUCACUUUCCUUUUCGUGUCUUGCGAUGCAUAUAGUGUUUCAUUCCAAUUAGUUGAUCUAGAACUUCGACACGUCUAUGGAUGUUGCCCAAUCUCAUUAGCAUAGGAACCAAGCGGAAGCGUACCAUAGACACGACGCGCGUUGCUAGGGGUUUGGCACAUAUCAUCCCUGGGCUCAAAUAGAGGGGACAUCUUCACACAAUGGCUUCGAUGCCAUCAUCACCAGGACCCAAUGCGACACCUGCAACGCCAGCCAAGCAGGCACGAUCCAGGAAGGCCGCUACUCCGAGCCAGACUGAACAGGGAAGAGCAGGGUCCGCGGGCGGAGUCGUCUUGCCAAAAGAGCCCGCCACAAAGGCUUCAGCAUCGUCAGCAAAGAAGGCUGCAGGAAUACCAAGCACAGAUGACGGUACCGCCGCGGCAGCGAAGACACCGAAAAAGAAACCCAGAAAGCUGAACAAGGAGCCCACAUCAACAUCUACAGACGCAACAAAGUCUACGGUCACAAGUAAAACACCAGCAGAUGUACCAUCGCCCUCCGAGCUCGAAGCGCUGAAGUCUCGUGUCAGAGGCUUGGAAGCCAAAGUAGAAGAGCUCUACAAAGCCGGUGCGAUCCCCGACUCACGGCCUGGCCGCUCACCUCGCCGACGAGGAAAGGGUCGAAAAGCAUCAUCUGCAGCGCAGGUUCCCACGCUUAGCACCGUGACCAACGACAACAGCAAUUCCAGGGUUCAGGAACUUGAAGACGACGAAGAGGAAGCAGAUGAGGAGCUUGUGCGGCUUGAGGGCGAAUUGGAAGUGGCACGACAGGACUUGGAACACUUCACUCCUCGCAGCAAAGGCGCCACAAGUCGAGGAACAGAAUAUGUCGAGGAGAUCGACAGGGGUGCAUCAGGAGCAAGUGCAGGUACAGAGAGACAAGUCACCCUAUCAGGAAGCUACCGCAUCCCCAUCCCCGCCAAUGUCAACCUCGAAGACGUCAAGACAAUCAAGUCAGGCGUCUCCGCGGCCCAAAAUGUAGCGCGAUCUUUCCUCGAGCAACGACGCGCCGCCGCUGCUGUGCGGGCUUCUGAGAACAACGCCUCUUCACCGCAACAGCAGUCUAGCAGCAGAACUACCAAAGUUCCUGCUUCGAAAUCUUCCUCUGGGACGACACCAAAACCGAAGAGAAGCAUGAGUUCGACUAUGGAGGUUGCUGUGGAUAACAGCGAUGGAAAGCAGAGCUGGAGUGAAUGGAUUGGUGGAUAUAGUAUGGCGAUUACGAGGGCAGUCAGCAAAAUUGAACAUGAAGCUGCUGUUGAGGCGCAGAGGGGUGGUGGAAGUGCCGGUACUAGUAGGCCUUCGGCAGGUGGGAGGAGGACGAGUGCGCCUACGUCUAAGAAAGCUGCAGGGAAGAGACCGGCCGCUAAGGCAACUUUGAGCGGAGAGCAGGUUCAUGGGCUGAUGAGUUAGAUGGCGGGGAUGCAACAUUGUACGAUAUGGUGCUUUGAAGAUUAGGCGCGGGUGUUUUGGGUAGCAUUGAAAAGCAUAAGUGCAGUCGGAAGCAG